ACGACUUCAGUAGUUACCCAGUCGUCGAGGUGUCGGCCGCGUUUCGCGUUGCUCCCGACUGUUAAUUUUUAAUACCGAUGUAUGCUUGCACGUAUGCCCUAUUCUUGUAAUAGAAUGUUUAUUUAAAGUGAUUUUCAUAAGUGUAGUGAGGUUAAAGUUUCCGAAGUGCAAUCGAGUGAAAAUAGUCGCUUGCGAACUGUUUCCUUAUUGGAUUGAAGCGACAUGGCAUGAGGAACAGCGCGUGCGCGACAUGCGGCGAGCGCCGCUCGCGCACUCUGCCGCCGCCGCUCUUGUGCUCUCCUUUCUUCUUCCUUUAGCAUACGCUGGUUCGAUGGGCCCAGGUGUUCCCGAGAAUAUAACAGUGACCUUCCUGAAUCCGACCACAGUGAGAGUAUCAUGGUCUACUACUGCUGAGCUGGUGGAAAAAUAUGACGUUACGUAUAAGCCCUCUGACGCUAGUUACAGAGUGGUCCUUGAAGUUGCUGGAAACUCGGACGCAGUGAUAUUGAGCGGACUGGAGGCAGAUACACAGUACCAGGUGACAGUAGCCGCGUUGUGGGGAGGGCACAAGUACAGAAGUCGGCCGAUUGUCUUCCGCACGCUGGAGCCACCGCGAACCUCACCUCAGCAGGACGGGGGUUUGGAGAUACCCCGCUCUUCCGUAACACCGCCAGAACCUUCUCCGACCUUUCCUACGAUAAGAGGCGUCGAGAUUGGUUUAGUAGUGUUAGUGCUGAUUAUAUGGAUCGGCGCUAUCACUCUCUUCUUCAAUCGUUGGGGCAAAAUCCGGAUGCUACUACCGUAUCAACCGGACUAUAAACAGGAGCAAUUAAAAGUGCCAGGCAGCAGUGCUCUAGCUGCCGCAACAGCAGCUGGAACUUGUGGAGCACAUUCAGCGACGACAGCUUGUUCGCAUAUGCGCUGGUCACACACUCACACACAGAGUCUCGAGUGCGAAGAACGGUUACUCUCUCGGUGUAAUCGGCCUCGGGUCAACUCCGCCAUCUUUGUUUCUGCGGAGCCUACCGGCUUUGGCGCUUUUGAUCCUGGCGAGUUUUUGCGGCGACACGGGUCGCAAUCUAAGUUGUGCCGAAAAGCAAGAUCUGCCGACAAUAUACCACUAACAAGUAUGACUGACUCAUCAGAGCGGCUAUGUGCAAUGAAAGCGCCUAGAGAAGAAACGAUUAGUGAAGAAGGAAAAUCCGAUGACAGUAGUAGUGUUGAAACUGUCAGGCAUUUCGGCCUGCCAAUCCUUUCUGUUUCCGGACCGUCACCCCCUGAUGAAGACUACGAUCAGAUAGAUGAGUAUCUGUAGCAUUUCCACACUAGUUUCCAGCUGAAGUAUGUGCUGGAAAAGAUGCGGCCCGCUUGGCCCAGCCCUGGACAAAGUCCGAUUCCUUUUGAAUAGGAACUUUAAUGUGGUCAGAACUUUUUAUUUCCUGGUGGUUUCUAAUGUGUGUCUUGUGGAGGGACCAUUUUUGUGCUUGCUUUCUUAUACACUAUCUAUAGCGUUAGUUUUUAAGAUAUAAUAAUCAAAUUUACGACACUUUAAUAGUUUAAGUAUUGCACAAUAACUUCAAUAUCGUAAGACUAUACCUAUUUAUCAUGUCAUGAUAUUUUAUUGCGGUAUGGUCUAUUUGUGUAUAGACUUUUGUACCAAUUUAGAAUAACUAGAUUAGUUUAAUUAUCUAGAUAAUUGAGAUAAUUCGUCUCUCGUCUUUAAGACUAAUGUAAAAUAUCUUCUUUUUCUAGAAUAAGUUUGAUGAUUUGAAGGUUGAACUUUGGUCCAAAAUACUGUAUUAUCGGCACAUAACGUGUACUAGGUAGGAUUCUGAGGAAAUAUAAAUAUCAAACUCAAUCUUGCCUAAACAGAAUUGUCAAGUCAAUUAAAACCUUGUAGAUAAUUUUCGAAGGGACUAUGGCACUAUUAGGUAUAAAAGUAGAGAUAGUUUUAAAUUUUUGAUGAAGUAUACAUUAGCUUUCCUAUUGUAUUAAUCAAUCUCAGGGUCAUUAAACAUCAAUAAUAUUGCUUUUGUAUUACAUAUACUACAUAUUUCAAAAAUGUUUCUUUAUCGGAUAUUAACUCAAAUUUAUUACAUUAUUUACAAUACAAAUUAUAUAAACUCUGAUUUAUAUGCGUAAAAAAUUUGGUUUAACCUUUUUUUGUUCUUUGUACGUAAUUUUUAUAUAUAAGUUCGAAUAGAGGACCUUCUUUCUUUAUUUACAUUGAAUUUAAUCGACAGAUACAAUAUCCCAUGUUGGCUAAAGUAUACUUCAGAUUUCAAUGAACGACACUGGUGUAUAGGGACCAGAUGAAUUGGCUAGGAAUGGUAAGCGUUUGAAAAUGGAACGAUUUUUACCUAUUAUAGUAACCACUUUUGAAUUUAAGACUUGUAAUUCCCUCCACUAUUUUUAGAUAUAUCGCGAAUUUCGUGCUGCACCUUACUCCAAAAUAAACUUCCUUUUAAAAUAGUAUUUUAAACUUACUUUAUGCAUCCAUUCUUCUCGAUAUAUAGAUUUAUGAUUUGAGAUUUGAGUGUGUAACGUUUGGAUAAUGUACUUGUGUGUGUAUAGACUGUUGAUAUGACAAAUAGCUUAUUUAAGAAUUAGUAGUUACUCCUAAGAGUCUUGUAUUUAGAUGGUUAAUAUUUGGCGUACUUUAUUAUGUUUAGUAGACCUAUAUGGCCUCAUAAAUUAGUUCCGAAUGUGUAACCAGUUUCAGUGAGUUUACAAAAUCAUAUUAUUACAUUUGACAAAAUUAAUAAUUUUACAGUGAUAAUAAGAGGCAUUAUUAUUCACCAAUUUCUUGUAUUAUAUUGUAUAAUAUACAUUAUAAUGGUCUAAAUCUAUUUCUAACUACAGAACUGGUACAUAAAUUAUAAUAUGAUUUUCAAUUGUGUUAUUAUGAGAGGUUUUCAGAUAACUAUUUUGUUGUCAGUAGAAUGGAUAGUCUUUGAAGAGACUUUUGAAUUAUAUAACAAUUCUAUGUAUACACUCUAUUUUCAUUGACUAAGAAUUUUUAAAUAAUUGUCGAUGUAGGUAGUAGAUUUAUCGUGCCAAUCAUAACGUUACUCAAUUUUGUGUUUAUAUAAACAUUAGAUUCCUUUGAGUGUAUGUUUGGCUAUUAAGUACAUCUUAGAUUAUGUGUGUAGCUUUUCCAAUAUAGAUUUCGUUUAUCGUAAUGUAAUUGGUGUACAUAUCUUACGCUCAUAGAUAAUGUAAUAUAUCUAAUUAUUUACAUACUAUUUACUAUCACAAUAAAAUAAAGUACCCAUCGAAAUUA